GCUAAAUGCCUCUUCAUUAGUGCUUGUUGCUGCAUGCCAGCUCCUCCGGCACUACUCCUCCCAUCCUGAGGGACCUGGAGCGACCCAUAACCCCAGCUGGCCCCGGUACUAUGGGUGCUGUUCUUUCCGCCAUUGCCACGAUAUUCUACUAUGCGACCUUUCCAAUCGUUCAGGUCCUUCGCCUCGUCAUCUUCAUUCUUUCUCCCUUCUGGACCCUCACCAAGUUUGUGCUGCUCCCAGUCACAUAUGCAGCCCAUGGCAUCUUCGCCAUCCUCCUCUUUCCCCUCCGAUUGAGACUGUUGGAACGCUUGGAAACACUCUACAUCUAUGUCGGCAUUGCAGGCCUGAUCGGCUGCCUCGUCGGCGUUAUCCUGCACGUCAUUUUCAACGCCCUCUCAUCCACGCUUGCCUUCAACGGCGCUGCUGAGGGACGGCGCACAAGGCCGAGCACAGUGGCUGAGUAUAGGGCCGGUAGGCAGAGGGCCACUCAGGAGGAGCCCUAUGGGCUCUCAGCGUCGGCUAUUCAGAAGCGCAGAGCGAGGCACAAGCAGAGUAAUCGCAUCUUGCGGACCAUUGCGGAUGUGGACGUCUCUUCAGAUGAUGUGUCCUCUGGCUUGGGGUAGCGUGUGUUGUGUCGUUCGUUGGGGUGGAUCAAAGGGGUGGUUUCCACCACCGCCCUCAUUGCCCAGAGUGCGCUUGAGCGAAGGGGUUGUGCAUAUUUCUACUUUGACUCGUGAGUAGUGUGCAUAUCUACCACAAAAGACGGGCUUUUAUCCACCCGAGUCAGACGCGAUACUGGCGGAAGACGAUAACAAAGUUUGUGAGGCGUGAGAUGGUAUCUAUGUAGAUCCAUCUCGUCUCCAACUUCAUCUGGAUUGAUAUUGAACAGAAAGGCGGUGACGCAUGGAGAACUACAUGCUACCACAGAUGGAGGAAGAGUAAGCGAGUGGCUUCUAGUACAGUACCACUGAUGGGAGCCACGACACGCAUGUGAACAGCG